AAGAUUUUCAUUAAAAUCUUAAAAUCUACGAUAUAAUAUAAAAAAUAUCAAUAAUAAUCAAUUAAUUUCUUUAAGCUUUAAUCUUUAAUUCUUUAUUAAUAUUUGACAUCAUGAACAGCAAAAUCUUUACCAUCUUUACAAUUCUUUUUGUCUUGCUCGCGACAUUUGUAACCUCUAUUCCAAUUGAGAAGCGUGCUAAAAAAGUUAUUCAUGUAACUUCUCCAGGAAAAGGUCCAUGGGCAUUAAAAUCAGAUCAAGUUGUUAGUUGGUGGUGCAACGAAUGUAAAUCAGAUGAGGAUGUUAUCGUUCGAAUUAUCCAGAAAAAAUCAUCUUCUUCUAAUGUUGAAGUUUACAAAAAGGAUGGAAAAAAUGCUUUUGAUGGACAUCUUCAAUUUACAAUUGGAAAAGAUUGGGAUGUUAAGAAGAAAUAUUUUGCCGAAGUUACACUCAAAAGUGAUUCUAAAGUUGUUGGUAAAGGUGUUGAAUUUGGAAUUUUUAAACCUUAAAUGAUUAGAUUAUUCAAAUUUAUAUUUUUUUUGCAAGAAUACUAUUAGAAUAGAAAUUAAUUUUGUAAUAGUAUAUUUUAUGUCCAAUUUUAAUAUUAGAUCAUAUAAUAAGUAAUAAUAAUAAAAGAUUUUAAUAUGUUAUGAGUAUAUAUUAACUGCUAAUUAUUUUAUUGAACUAGCUAGUGCAAUUGAUAAAAGCUAUCGUAAAUCGUCAUAUGGAUUUAAUUAUAAACUUUAAUAUUUUAAAACUAUUACUGCUAAUAUAUUAUACGUAAAUAACCAAUUAUACCUUUUCUUCACAUUCGAUUCCAAACAGCAAUACAUCACUACAGCAAUAGAAAUAUUUCGUUAUCAAUCUUUUGAGUAAAUUUUUACGAUUUUAAUAAAUUU